AUGGACCUGAAUCCUCAUCAAAUGCAUACUUACAUGUCUGCUUCAGAUCCAUUCUCUUGUGUGUUUGCAACCACCACUCGUAACCAUCCUAUUCAUCUUAUAGCACAGGACAGCUACGUUGCACAUAUUGAGCAUAUGAUGCCAUGGAUGAAACAACUGCUGCCUUCUCAAUUGGUUUCAACCCCUCAGGAACAAAGAUAUUUGCUGGAUGCAACAGAUCCAUCAGGAUAUUUGAUAUUCAUCGCCCUGGUAGAGAUUUCCAACAGCAUUCAACCAUCCAAGGAAACUAGGAAGGACAAUCAGGUUGGUGUGGUUAAUUACAAGGGGUCUUAUAGUCAAACUAUAGCAAUACAUAGAGAAGAUAAUAUGGAGCUCUUAUAUGUCCUACAUGGUCAAGAAGGUGGGGUUACACAUGUAAGUUCAAUUCUCCAAAGAUGGGAACUAUCUUUGGAAAAUAAUGAAAGAGGAAGAGGUAAUAAGAAGAGGAAAGGAAGAGAUGAGACUCCUUAUGACAGUAGAGGUUCAGAUCCAGCAUCUUGGAAAGUUCCUCAGGUACUGUCUAUUAUAGCUUGUAAAACUUGCAACCAGGUUGUGGCUAUGUUCAAGAAACAUGGGAGUAUGAAUCAGUUUACAAUUCAUGAUUUGCAGAUCAGUAAUUGUGAAGUUAAGUAA